AUACUUUUAAAGAAGAUGGACCUAUCAGAGCCUCAAGAGGAUGCAGCCUUUGUCAGAAGGAGUGAGGCUGAGUUGCUUCUCGAAGAAGAAAUUAUGGGUUCUUUGCAGUGUAUGAUGGCCAAGGAGGAGGAAGCUUAGCAGAUGAACCCUGCAAAGUUUUAAAUGAUUGAAGAAAUGGCAAUGUUGACUCACCUCAUUGAAGUGUCUGUGCUGUAAAACCUCAAGAGGCUCUGUGACCAUUGGAUAACCUAUAUAUAUUCAGGUCUCUUCUGUGUGACCAUAAACCCUUAGAAGUGGCUUUCAGUGUAUCAGAAAGAAGUCCUGCCUGCCUAUAAAGGGGAAGGAUGAUCAGAGGCACCCCCACACCUCUUUGGUGCCAAUAAUGCCUUUCAGGAUAUGCUUCACAGAAAAGAGAAUCAGUCUGUUCUCUUCACAUUAGAAUCUGAUGCUGGAAAGACUGUGAACGCCAAACAUGUUAUACAGUAUUUUGCCACCAUCGCAGCCAUGGGUGAAUCCAGGAAAAAGCUGACAAGUGUUCAAGAUCAAAUCAUGCAAAUGAAUGCUAUCUUGGAAGCAUUUGGAAAUGUCAAAACCCUGAGAAAUGACAACUCUUCUCAUUUUGGCAAAUUCAUCACAAUGUGCUUUGGUGCCAGAGGCAAGCUGUCAUCUGUGUACAUGGAUAUGUAUUUGCUUGAAAAAUCCCAGGUGAUUUUCCAGCAGCCCGAAGAGAGAAAUUACCACAUAGUAUACCAAAUUCUGUCUGGAAAAAAAGAACUUCAAGAUUUGCUCCUGGUGCCUGCAAAUCCCUCUGACUUUCACUUUUGCUUUCAGGAAGUAGAUGCUCUGGAGAGUUUGGAUGAUGCUGAAGAAUUGCUGGCCACGGAUCAAGCCCUGGACAUCUUGGGCUUUCUUCCUGAUAAGAAGUAUGGAUCCUAUAAACUCACUGGAGCCGUCAUGCACUUUGGAAACAUGAAAUUUAAACAGAAGCCCAGAGAGGAGCUAGUGGAAGCAGAUGGCACAGAAAGUGCUGACAAAGCUGCCUUCCUCAUGGGCAUUAACUCCUCUGAGUUGGUGAAGGGAUUGAUCCAUCCUAGAAUCAGAGUUGACAAUGAAUAUGUUACCAGAGGUCAAAUGGUGGAAAAGGUAAGGUGUACUGUUCGUGCUGUGUCCAAAUCAAUAUCUGAAAGGAUGUUCAGGUGGUGGGGGACCCAUACCAGUAGGUCUCUGGAUGCCAGACUGCCAAGGCAGUUCUUCAUUGGCAUCCUUGACAUCACUGGCUUUGAAAUCCUUGAAUAUAAUAGCCUUGAGCAACUUUGCAUUAAUUUUACCAGUGAAAAGAUACAACAGUUCUUUAAUCAACAUGUUUGUCCUGGAACAAGAGGAAAAAAGAAACAAGACAUUGACUAGUUGUCCAUAGACUUUGGUCUGGAUUUGCAAGCCUGCAUAGCUCUCAUUGAGAAGCCAGUGGACAUCCUUUCGAUCUUUGAAGAGGAAUGUGUGUUCCUUAAGGCUACGGACUUUUAAGGCCAGAGCAUUUGACAACCAUUCUGAAAGUCAUUUCAUCUCCAGAAGCCCAACCCUGCUAAGACAAGAAAACAUGAAGUACGAUUUGAACUUGUCCAUUAUGCAGGGGUGCUAAAUGCCUAUGACAUUAGCAGUUGGUUUGAAAAGAACAAAGAUCCUCUUGAUGAAACAGUGGUGGCUGGAUUUCAGAAGACUUCCAUCAGACUCCUGGGAAGCCUUUUUGAAAAUUGCAUCAGUACCAAGAGUGUUUUACAGUUUGGGGAGAAGCAAUGCAAGAAAGGAGCUUCAUUCCAAAUGGUUGCAUCUCUGCAUAAAAUAAUUUUUAAUUGUGGAAACCUAAAUAAAUUGAUGACUAAUCUGAAGUCAACAGCACCUCAUUUUGUGAGAUACAUAAAACCCAAUGUGAACAAAAUGUCAGAUUUAAUGGACCCUUACUUUGUUCUACAGCAGCUGCACUGUAAUGGUGUCUUGGAAGGGAUUGGAAUAUGCUGUGAAGGUUUUCCAAACCGACUGCUGUAUGUUGACUUUAAACAAAGGUACUGCAUUCUGAACCUGAAGGCCUCUCCAGAGCAGAAGUUUAUGAACAGCAGAAAAGCAGCUGAAGAACUACUGGGCUCCUUGGAGAUACACCAUACCCAGUACCACUUUGGAAUCACUAAGGUUAUUUUUAAAGCUGACUUUCUGGGCCAACUAGAAGCAAUGAGAGAUGAGAGAAUAUCUAAAGUUGUCACACUCUACCAAACCACAGCACAGGGAGAACUGAUGCAAAUCAAAUUCCAGAAGAUUCUGGGGGAGAGGGAUGCACUUCUGAUCCGGUGGAACAUAAGAACUGCUUAGAUGGAUGUGAAGAGCUGGCUCUGGAUGAAGCUCUUCUUCAAAAUCAAGCCUUUUGUUAAAUCUGGUGGAGUAGAAAAGGAGACAGCCAGACUGAAAAAGGAGUGUGUGCAACCGAGGAGAGCCUUGGAGAAAUCAGAAUCUCAGAGGGAGGAACUGAAAGCAAAGCAAGUUUCCCUCAUCCGAAAAAAUGAACUGCUUCUUUAGCUGCAGGCUGAGCAAGAGACCCUGGCAAACAUUGAAGAGGAGUGUGAGACACUGAUUAAAUCCAAGAUCCAGCUGGAGGCCAGAGCCAAGGCACUGCCUGAGAGGGUGGAGGAAGAAGAGGAGAUAAAUUCUCAACAGACUGCCAAGAGGCUGAAACUCAAAGAUGAAUGUUCUGAGUUGAAGAAAGAAAUCAAUGACCUGGAAAUAAUAUUGGCAAAGUCAGAGAAGGAGAAGUGUGCUACAGAGCAAAAGGUACAUUUCCUGCAAAAACCUGAGGAUACAGAGUCUCCAAAUGAGGAUGUCAGCAGACUUCCCAGAGCAACCAAGGUUAUGCAAGGGACCCACUGGCAGACCUUGGAUGAUCUGCAGGCAGAGGAAGGGAAACUCAUCAACUUGAGCAAAGAAAAGUUGAACUUGGAACAGCAAGUUGAUGCACUAUAAGCUAGCUUUGAGACUGCCUUUGGGCAGGAAAGAGAAGUGAGAAUGAACUGUGAAAGGGAAAAGCACAAACUAGAGGGUGAUUUAAAGCUGAACCAGGCAAGUAUGGAGAACCUGGAGAGCAGCCAGUUGCACCUAGCAGAAAAGUUGAGGAAGAAAGAAUUAGAAAUGAGUCAAAUGAAUUCAAGGAUGAUGAAUGAGAAAGGCCUGGUGGCUCAGCUUCUGAAGAUGGUGAAAGAGCUCCAGACGCAGAUACAGGAUUUGAAAGAAAAGCUGGAAGCUCAAAGGACUACUUGAGCCAAGGUGGAGAGGAAGAGAAUAGAACUCACCAAGCUUCAUUUGGUUCCUUCUGCAACCCAGGCUAAUGCUGAGAAGAUCUGUAUUCUCUAUGACGAGUGCUUGAAUGAAGCAAAUGCAAAAAUGGAUGAGGUGAUUCAGCUGGCAAAUGACUUGACAGCACAGAAGACAAAGCUACAGAGUGAGAAUGGUGAGUUCAUAAGGAGCCUGGAGGAAAAGGAGAGUCCAAUAAACCAGUUUUCCAGGGAAAAGAGAGCCUUCAUUUGGCAACUGGAAGAGAAGACCAAACCACAGAGGGCCGUGGCCCAUGGCCUGCAGUCAGCCAUGUGUGACUGUGACCUGCUGUGAGAGCAGGAUGGGAAGGAACAAGAGGCCAAGGCUGAGCUGCCCCAGCCCAAUCCGAAGGCAAUGCUAAUGGUGCAGUGGAGGAUGAAGCAUGAAAACGAUGCCAUCGAGGGAACUGAAGACUUGGAGGAUGCCAAGAAGAAGCAGACAGUGACAUUGCAAAAGGCUGCCGAAGCCAUGGGGGCGGCCGGUGCCAGAAAUGCCUCCCUGGAGAAGGCCAGGCACUGACUGCAGCUUGAGCUUGGGGAUGUCAAGUCUGAUUUGGGGAAGGCCCGCUCCAUAGCAGCUGUGCUGGACCGGAAGCUGCGCCUCUUUGACAAGGGCCUCGCUAACUGGAAACGGAAACAUGAGGUUUCACGGGCAUUGCUGGAUGCCUCUCAGAAGGAGGCACAGGCUCUCAGCACCAGGCUCCUUGAGCUCAAGCAUGCCUGUAAGGAGAGCACUGUGAGCCAGGAGGCACUCAGGAGGGAGAACAAGAACCUCCAAGAGAUUUCUGAUCUGACAAACUAGAUCAGAGAAGGAAACAAGAACUUAAUUGAAAUGGAAAAGGUCAAGAAACGGAUUGGACAAAAGAAGACUGAAGUCGAUGCAGCACUGGAAGAAGCAGAAGAAACUCUAGAACCUAAUGAAAGCAAGAUUCUUCGUUUCCAGCUUGAACUUUUGGAAGCCAAAGCAUAACUCAAAAAAAAGCUUUCAGAAAAAGAUGAAGAAAUAGAAAAUUUUAGGAGGAAUCAGCAGUGUGCUAUUGACUUCCUGCAGCCUAGUCUGGAUUCUGAAGCUAAGAACAGAACCGAGGCUACCUGACUGAAGAAGAAGAUGGAAGGGGACCUCAAUGAGAUGGAACUUCAGCUUAGUCAUGCCAGUUGGCAGGUGUCAGAUGCAACCAAACCCCUGGGCCAGCUUCAGAUUCAAAUCGAGGACCUUCAAGUGCAGCUAUACAGCAGCACAUGCUUGAACAGUGAUCUGAAGGAGCAGGUGGCUGCGGCUGAGCAGUGCAACUCUCUGACAUCUCACGAAAGAUUAUGCACCAUACCUUUAAACACAAGCCUACUUAGCCAGAAAAAGAAAUUGGAAGUCGAUGUUGCCUAGAUGCAGAAAGAAGCCAAAGAGAUGGCGCAGGUUUGCCAAAAUGCAGAAGAGAAGGCCUCUGGGAUGGUUGCCCAAGCAGCAAGCAUGUCAGAAGAAUUGAAGAAGGAGCAAGAUAAUGAUGCUCCCUUGGAGAGGAUGAGAAAGAAUAUGAAAGACCUACAAAAAAGACUAAAUGAGGCUGAACAGACUUCCCUGAAGGGGAGCAGAAAGCCAAUCCAGAAACUAGAAUCCAGAGUCACGAUUUGGUUGCUGGUUGGUGAACUGGAAGGUGAGCUGGAAGGUGAAGCCUGGUGCAGUCUUGAGGCCCGGGGAGCAAGCUGGACUCUCAAAGAGCUAACCUAUCAGGCAGAGGUAGACAAGAAAAAUCUGGGCAGGAUGUAGAUGCUGAUGGAUAAACUUCAGCUAAAUGUACAAAGUUACAAGCAGUAACUUUGUAAGACAGAAGCACAAGCUAAUCAAUAUCUUUCCAAGUAUAAGCAGCAGCAACAUGAGCUGAAUGAAGCUAAGGAAAGGGCAGAGAUAGCAGAAUCUCAGGUCAAUAAACUCAAGAUUAAAGCAAAAGAGUUUGGAAAAAAGGUACAACAGAUAUUCAACCCUGUUCUAACCCUUAAAGCAUGUGCAUUUAGUGCCCAUGGCAUGGACUAA